AGCGCCUCAGGGCAGUGCUCCCAGUCAAUAUAUAUCUCAACUCUCGCUCCUGCGCUCCCAUUUGAGUGAGACGCGCUGCUCCGCUGCUCCUGCUGCUCCUGCUGCUCCUGCUGCAGAGAAGUGACAGACAGCCACACCGGGACGCUCUCCAGAUCUUCUCUCCUCACACAGCCGACACCAAACCUCAUAUCUAAGGCACAGUGGGAAAUAUAUCAAGAGGAUGCAAUAUUUAAUCCAGUCUUAACAACAAUCGUUUACACCACAUAGCCUAAAAUAAAAGCCUCAAUCAUGUCCAAGGAGGAUGUUUGCAAAGUAACAUCUGCCAACAAACACAAGGAGCGGAAGCCUAAAAAGCCUCACUACAUUCCCCGGCCAUGGGGCAAACCCUACAACUACAAGUGCUUCCAGUGUCCCUUCACUUGCAUGGAGAAGUCCCACCUGUAUAACCACAUGAAGUACAGCCUCUGCAAGAACUCCUUGUCUCUGCUUAUAGAGUCCGACUGGCCGUACAAGAAGGGCAACAUACUGCACCCGGACCAGCUGCGACCCUUCCAGCAGGCACACGGCCUGCAUGCGGCGGGGCCGGACGAGCUGGAGCAGGUGAUGCGCAAUGAGGAGAAGCAGGGGCAACUAAGGACUGUGGAGGAGGACGGCGAAGGCAGGGAUGUCCACGGAGCAGAAGCAGAAGAAGAAGGAGGACAAAAGGAGCAUGAAGAAAUUGCAGGCUUGGCCAAAGAGAGUUCCGGCAACAGUCGAGGAGACGCUGCAGAGGCCGCCAUUAAAAAGGGCAAACAAUCAGAGUCAGAGUUCCUGAUGGCUGACAUGCUGUCCCUCGAAGAUCAGCUCUUACGAGCACGUUCUGUGGAGGUCGAGGCCCAGCUGAGACACUACAAGCAACCAAUGAGCUGUCUGACCGGUCCUGGGAACCUGACAGAGCAGUGGCGACUGCUGGCGUCCAAACACAUAAAGGCCAAAUCUGACGGCACUCAGCCUCGAGUGAACGGCUCAAUCCCCUGUUAUCCUCCACCAGCAAACCUGGUGGACUACCAGGACCCCACCGGACUCAAUUUGUCAGUGUUUGGAGUAGGUUAUCCCAUCAGCCCGAGCCUAUUCUCUUACAUGAGUUCAGCUCUUCCAUCCGCAGCCUCAAGUGUCACCGCUCAGACCCAUGCUCAGUUUGCUCAGCUUCCGUUUUUGGCUUCGGCUGCUCAGCUGGUGCACCCGGCCUCCAAUGCGCACGCAGACAGAGCUCUUAUCCCCCCUCGCCUCUACUACCCAUUCCUGUGUGAGCACACAUUCGGACCAGCCUCCGGUCAGAGUGACGGCGGGAAACCUCUCAAGACGUCCACAAACAGUCCAGAGGCAAAUCCUCUGUCUAGCUUCCAGCCUAAAGUCAAUCUGUGGAAAGUACCUGCUUUGCGGCCAGGAAACACGGUAUCCCCUGGUGGCUGGGGGUCCCCUCAGAGGGACUCGCUUGACCAGAACCACAGGUUGGCAGAUAAGAUUCAGGUCAAGGAAGGCAGAGCCAGCUGUGGUCUAAAGAGGACGGGAGCUGCGCUAAAAAGUCACGAGGCUCCUGUGGAGAAGAAGCCAGCCAUGGGUUUUACUUUGGACCUUCUGAAGAACAUUCAGACUGUUUCAGCUGAAAAACUUCUUUUACAAAACAGUUCUCAGAAUGGUCAGCUUCAGACCCGGCCAGGUGAACUGUGGUACAACCAUCCCCUCUCCAGUCCCAGCAGUGAAACAGCAUCUCUGUCAGCCGGUGGGGAAACCAACAGCCAAGACUCGACUGCCCCCAGAACGAUUGAGGAAGAAGCUUCCGAGUCGGUGGUCGCUCUUCUCAGUGAUCUCUCCAAGGCUUUGCAGGAGUACCAGGAGGCCGAACACAAAAUCUCCCACCUGGAAAAAGAGGACCUUCCUGCCCAGCGGCACCUCUGGGAGCACCUGAACAAAAUCCGCAGCGAGCUUGCUCACAUUCAUCAGGCUCUGGAGCGGACAGCCGCCCAGACUGACGGACCUCUUGACCUGUCAGUUAAAAGGGACUCAACAGACUCUGUAGGUGAGCACGCCAUGAAAGAGGACGGCGGCCUUAGAACCAACGCCACUGAGACCGAGGAGGACGACGAGGAGCUGGAAGAGAGAAAUGACAGAGAGGAGGAGGAUGAGCGCGAGAGGAAGAUGAUGAGGGCUUCGCUGGAGAGUCGGAAGCAGUCGCUGGACAUGCUGAUCAAGAUGAGCCAAGCGUCAGUCGUGAACACCGAGGUCCUCCCUCCAGCCGGUCUCAAUCUGAGAUCGGCGGAGGCCUUGUGGCCGAGCAGAACCACCAAGUGUGAGGCGGACUCCAGCGUCCUCCUCUGCCCGGAUGGCCGAUCCGUUGUGUUCGCUGACCUCCCCUCUUCUGUCAAACCUCCAAAGAGACCCCCUUCCAUUCAGCGGCUGGACGGACAGUGCCCUCCAAGCCCUCUGACCUCUCCUGACAGCUAAACUUCAGGCUGUAUCACAACGAACAUGACUUGAAUGCAGUUUUAUAACAAAUGGCACGCCUCUGAUUUGAACUGGCAGAAAGAGGAGUCCCGGUGCAGCUUCACAAAAGCACCUGAAAAGAAACAGAAAACAAAAACGUGCAAAAGCUUUUUGUUUGGUUGCACGAUUGUUGCAUCAAAUUCCUCUUGAAUGAAUAAUAAUAAUAAAAAAAUCAUCACAGUUUUCUGUUUAAAACAGUUGUGUUCAUCAAAAAGGCUGAGACAAUCCUUUUAAAGGGUUUGUAAAUGCUGUAUAUAUAAUAAAUGUAAUUAAAUAUAAAAUAUGUUUUUUUAUAAAUGUAUACAUUUGUUGAGUUUGGCUGGUUCAUCUUAUGUAUUGAAAAUAAACUGUAUAAUACACUGUAUAAAAACAAAGUGUGCUAUUCUUUUAUAAAAACAGGACACAGAACGAGGAACAUGAUACGCAAAAUAAGACCGUGAUCAAACAAGAAACUUUUUUUUGUUUGCAUGUAUACAUACAGAUACAUACAUACAUAGUUCUUGUGGAAAUUUGUAUCACUUAGGAAACAAACAAAUCCAAAGUGGCAGCCCCACAGGACAAAAAGGAGCAAAACUAAAUCCCAGCCGUUUUUAUGUGAUAAAGGUGAAGCAGCUCCUUAAGCCAAAGUGCCAUCAGUGAGGUUACCUGUGCUGGUCCUCCUGYACCCAGAGAACCCCACUGCAAAGGUCACGGCUGCAGGGCUGCAGGGCGGAGCCUCUUGUGGACCAACUUUAAGACGGACUGUCUGUUCCAACUACGGCACAGAUGCCCCAGAUCCUUCAGCCCCUUCACCAUCAUCACACGGCCUCAAAGGUCAGCUGCCAGGAUCAGCAGAGCCACCGGUACAAGUUCAAACUGAAGAGGUCAAAUAUAUGUCCAAUCAUUUUAACUUUAAUUUCUCUUUCUUCACACUCAACCUUACCUGAACGGCUUACAGCGGCGAAGUUAUACAGAAAUGUUGCAAAACCAUUUGAAUCAAUUUAGGCUUAAGUUUUGAGAUGCAUAAUGAAGAUUAUAACUAAAGAUUAUUGAAAUGUUUACAGUAAAUAAAUAACAAAUGGCUUGCCUUGUUUUUAUGGUCCUCUACCAGUGGCCUGGGAGCCUGAGGGUUUUCAGGAUCUUCACUGUUCCUCUUCUGGACAGAAAUCUUUGAGUUUGUUCCUGGGAUCUGUUGAAGCCAUUUUACCAGCUUGGUUAGUACAAAGAGCUUUAAUGACCACCAUCUGAGGCCUUCACUCCCCACAGCUUCUUCAUUUCCUCCUCCGGCCCUUGGUAUUUCUUGAGCUUCUCACGUUCCUUCUUCACCACUAAAACUACAUUUCUUCUGUAGUUUGCCAACCACAAUACUUGGUUGGACAGAUGAAUGAUGUAUGACUGAAGUUGGUUCAGUAGGUUGUCUGUACACAGUAUAUGUACAUACAAGGUGAGUCAAAAGACGCAGGACGCUCUUUCAUUUCAGAAUAAAAAAGGGAAAAUUACACACCCCAGGAAUGUGAGGGGGUCUGUCUUUGGAAAAGCUCAAUAAUACAAACAGCAAACAGGGGUGUGGCUUAUACCGACUGAAGUUAUACCCUUCUUGAAAAACCUGCCCUGGAUCCAAUAUGAUGCUUUUCAAGACUGUUCUGGACAUAGCCUAAAACAUAGASCCCCUCACUGAUUACUUGUUGGGUUAUUCAGAUUUUUAUUUUAUUUUUUUAAAGGGUGUCCUGCAACUUUUAGCUCACACUGUGCAUAUGAUUUAAGACAAUACCAAUUCAUUGAACUGCAAGUUUAUUUAUUUAUAAUUCUCCAAGACCAUUUUCACUUCUGCAUUUUUAUAUAAUUUUAUUUCCCUUUCAUUAUGUUCUAGUUGAAGCCGUGAUAUUUUAAAGGUGGUGUGAACCAUUUUUGUUAAUGCUCGGCCUGUAACUCCUAAACGAUCAGCUUCUUCUUGAAAAAGAAA